GGCUUAGUGCACAAACAUUGUAUGUCCAUCUUUUUUCGAUUUUGAGAUUUUUACACCAAUAGCAUUAUUUGUAGCUGCCUUUCAUGCUGCACAAAUAUCAUAUGUCCAGGAUAAUUGUGUAGCUCAAAAACCAGAGGUAACUUUAUCGUAUGAACCAUUCUAGAACAGAUUAUGUGUGCACAAUUGUUGUAUGUACACUGAAGGAGAUAGAACUGGAAGUUUUUGCUUUCAGUAGCCGAUGGUUGUAACACAUUUGCAGUAAGUCCACAGAUACUGGAGAUACAACUUAUGUGCUGCUACAGAAAAUUUUGUAAGUGAGCAUUUAUAGUAUGUCCAUGGACAUACCAUAUGUGUGCUGUCACGUGGCUACGUUGUGUUGGUACUUUUGAAGUGUCUUAUAGGUUAGUUUUGUCUUUAGCGCGAAUAACAAGACAAUGUUUGUUGAAUUACAAGACAAAGUUUGUUGAAUUUACCACUUUUUACCUAUAAUAAUGGCAAGUCGAGGCAUUCGAAUGUUAAAUUCAAUCAAUAUAUCAAUUGAAGGAAUUAAUGGAACUGCAAAACAACCUGGAAAUCUCGUCACCAAAUUACUUAAAGAGAAUAAGAAUGGAAAUGAAGUAUUUCUGAAUGAUGUGGACUUUGACGAGAACAGCAUACCAAAAGCAUUGACGCCUUCUGAGGAUUUUAUGUUGAUCACCAUUCCUCCUAUUCAUGAAAUCGGACCUACAGAUGAGUCUAGCAUUCAACUCACAGAUACAACACAAACCGUUUGCCAUGUUGAUAUUGAUGCUAACAGCAGAGGGGAAGAGGGUAAGUGGAUAUUGAUCCUGACUAUAUUUUUACUGUCAGUGAGGGCAGUAUGAGGUUAGCUGCAUAUUGAGAUGCGACAGUCUAACUGAAUAAAAUGAUAAUUGCGAUUUCGGAUUAGAAAAUUUUAUCUCUAAUGUUGAUGGAAUUAUAAUUGAAGUUUAAGAUACAUCAGUAGUUGAUGAACAGUGAUCUCAAAUUGAUACUAGAACUUCAAGUAAACAUAAAGCACAACCAUCCACAUGGAACAGAAAUAUAUUUCAUCUAAACUCUUCUUUCUCCAAUCAGAAAUGUUGCUCUAUAGAAUUCAAAUAAAUAAGAUAAUAAUUAUUGGAAUUAAACAUAUUUUACAUGAACAUGAAUGUAAAGAUUAAUUACAGAUAUUGAUAAUGUUGUUAUAUUUAUUAUUUAUUUAGGUUUAUUAUUUUGGGAUUAUACUGAACAAUUGUUAUUUAUGUUUCAGGGAAUAAGAAUGGAGAUGAAGUAUUUCUGAAUGAUGUGGACUUUGAAGACAACAACAUACCAAAAGCAUUGAUGCCUUCUGAGGAUGUUAUGUUAAUCACCAUUCCUCCUAUUCAUGAAAUCGGACCUACAGAUGAGCCUAGCAUACAACUCACAGAUACAACACAAACCGUUUGCCAUGUUGAUAUUGAUCCCAACAGCAGUGGGGAAGAGGGUAAAGUAGAUAAUGAUCCUGACUACAUUUUCACUGACAGUGAGGGAAGUGUAACUGAUACGGAAGACAGUAUAAUUGAGGAAAAUGACAAUUGCAAUUCAGGAUUAGAAAAUUCUAGCACCAAUGUUGAUGGAACUGUAAUUGAAGUUUAUGAUACAUCAGUAGUUGAUGAUCAGUGUUCUCAAAAUGAUAGUAGAACUUCAAGAAAACGUAAAGCUCAACCAGCCACAUGGAAGAGAAAUUUAAGGAAAAAACAACGAAAUCUGGGAAAUUCUUAUGUAGAUAGAAAAGGGAGAGUUAUUGAUGAAAAACGCCCAAAAGAUAUAGACUGUACAAAAUGUAGGUUCCAAUGUUCAUCCAAAGUUUCACGAGAGAAACAAGAAACCCUUUGCAAGGAAUACUGGCUUCUUGGGGAAUCUGGCAAGCAAAAAAAUUAUAUUUGCUCACUUGUCAGUGAGCAACCUGUUCAGAGACAUAGAAAAAGAGAAACAGAUUCAGGCAGAGAAAAAGGUAAGUCUCGAGUAUACACUUUGCCAUCUGGAACAAUUAAUCACCAUAGAGUUUGUUUAAAGUUUUUCUGUGCUACAUUAUCAAUCUCUUUCCCAGUCAUUGAUUCAGCAUUGAAGAACAAAGGGGAAGGAGGUUCUUAUCAAGGCUGUGAUAAAAGAAUAGGGAAACUUCCUGCAAAUAGCACUCCACAGUCAGAAAAAAAUCAUGUUCUAGCACACAUUAACAGUUUUCCUGCAAUGGAGUCUCACUAUUGCAGGAAAAAUUCAAAGAAGCUUUACCUAGCUCCUGAUUUAAACAUUACUACAAUGUACAGUCUUUAUUGUAAAUCGUAUUGUCCACUGGAGAAAAUCAAGCCUGUGUCGCUUUAUGUAUAUAGAUCUUUAUUUAACAGUCAUGACCCACAAUUGAGUUUUUAUGUUCCUAAAAAGGAUCAAUGUUCCAAAUGUAAUCGUUAUUAUAAUGCUACUGCUAUAGAGAAACAGGAAAUUGAAGAUGAAUGGAAAAUACACAAACAAAAUGAGUCCGAAUCAAUGACAAUGAAAGCAGAAGACAAAGAAAAUGCAUUGAAAGAUAAAGGGGUUACUCAACGAGUGAUAUCUUUUGAUAUGCAAGCUAUAUUAAAUCUUCCAACAGCUGGCGAUGCACAAAUUUAUUAUAAGAGAAAACUAUCUGUCUUCAAUUUCACAAUUUAUGACAGUUUCAAUGGAGAUGGAUACUGCUAUGUAUGGGAUGAGAUCAAUGGAUGUAAAGGGGCAUCAGAAGUAGGAACUUGUCUCCUAGAAUAUCUAAAAAAUUUGCCACAGAGUGUUAGGAAAGUGACAAGCUAUUCCGAUACCUGUGGAGGCCAAAACAGAAACAAAUUCACUGCUACAGCCUUGUUGUAUGCUGUGAAUAAAUUCGAAAAUAUAGAAGUAUUUGAUAUGAAAUUCAUGGAGAGUGGACACUCCUACCUUGAAGCUGACUCUAUGCAUGCUACAAUAGAGCGUGCAAAAAAACAUAAAUGCGUGUACACUACUCGGGAAUGGGCAAUGCUGAUUGAAAUGGCACACAGAAAGCCACGACCAUACAUUGUCAAAACACUCAAUAAUGAUAGUUUUCAUAAUCUACAGAAACUUUCUGAUGAAAUUCUGACCAACUCAAAAAUUGACAAUGAUGGCCAGAAAGUCUCAUGGUUGAAAAUUAAAUGGAUGCGAUUCGAGAAGAGCAAACCAUUCACCAUCCAGUAUAAAUACAGCCUGUCUGAAACAGAAUUCCGAGCAGUUGAUGUUUUAAAAAUGAAAGGUAGAAGUUUGAAAUUGCAAAAUUGGAAUGCUGUGAAGCUGGCGCCCAAGUACAAAAACAAACUUCCAAUAUCUGAGGCAAAAAAAAAAGAUUUGUUAAGUCUGGUUGGAAAUGGCAUUAUUCCAAGAGACUACACACAUUUUUAUGAGUCAAUCAUUUCAAAAAAAAACAACAAGAGAUACUGCACUUUGGAUAGACGAAGAGUUGACUGAAGGUGACUGAAAUAAUGGUUCAUUAAUUUUAAUGAACGUGUAUGUAUUUGUAUUUUUAUUCACACCUCAAAUAAAUUAAGGACAUGGAUAAUAUUUUUAUCUUUUCAUUAAAAUAACCUUAUGAUUAUCAUUGAA